AUGGGCAGCCUCGCCGGGGAGCCGGACGCCGCACUGGCCCCGCCGCAGGACGGGCCCCGGAGCGCCAAGGAGCCGGGGGGCGCCGACUGCCGCGCCCUCAAGAGGGCCUGUCAGCACCGGAUCUUUGUGAACCGCAGCCUGGCUCUGGAGAAGAUCAGGUGCUUCGGUUUCGAUAUGGACUAUACGCUGGCGAUAUACAAGUCCCCAGAUUACGAGGAGUUGGCCUUCGAGCUGCUGCUGGACUGGCUGGUCUCCAUUGGGUACCCCCACGAGAUCCUGAAGUACCAGUAUGACCCGACCUUCCCCACCAGGGGCUUGGUGUUUGAUGCUCAGUAUGGGAACCUGCUGAAGGUUGACUCCCAUGGGAACCUGCUGGUCUGCGCCCACGGCUUCCGCUUCCUCAGUGGGGCUGAGAUCUGGAAUUAUUACCCCAACAAGUUCAUUCAGCGGGACGAUAUGAAGCGAUUUCACAUUCUCAACACGCUCUUCAACCUCACAGAGACCUAUCUCUACGCCUGCCUGGUGGAUUUCUUUACCAACUGCUCCAGAUACGUCAACUGUGACACGGGCUACAAACACGGCAACCUCUUCAUGUCAUUCCGCAGCAUCUUCCAGGACGUGCGCGAGGCCAUGGACCACGUGCAUCUCUCGGGCUGCCUGAAGGAGAAGACGCUGGAGAACUUGGAGAAGUUUGUGGUGAAAGACCCCCGUGUGCCCCUGCUGCUGAGCCGCAUGAAGGAAGCGGGGAAGGUUUUCCUGGCCACUAACAGCGAUUACAACUACACAGAUGCGAUAAUGACAUACCUGUUCACCUUGGACCUGGGAGACAAGGUCCAGCGCCCAUGGCGCUCCUACUUUGACCUGAUUGUCGUGGACACACGCAAGCCACUCUUCUUCGCCGAGGGGACCGUCCUGCGGCAGGUCAACACGGACACGGGGAAGCUGCGUAUCGGGACCUACACCGGACCCCUCCAGCACUGUGCUGUCUAUUCUGGAGGCUCCUCGGACAUGGUGUGCGACCUCCUGGGGGUGAAGGGCAAGGACAUCCUCUACAUCGGGGACCACAUCUUUGGGGACAUCCUCAAGUCGAAGAAGAGGCAGGGCUGGCGCACCUUCCUGGUGGUGCCCGAGCUGGCCCGAGAGCUGCACGUGUGGACAGAGAAGAGCGAGAUCUUCGAGGAGCUGCGGAGCCUGGACGUGCUGCUGGCGGAGCUCUACCAGCCCUUGGACAGCGGCAGCAGCGAGCGCCCGGACAUCAGCUCCAUCAAGCGCCAGAUCCAGAAAGUCACCCACGAGAUGGACAUGUGCUACGGGAAGAUGGGCAGCCUCUUCCGCUGUGGUUCCCGCCAGACGCUCUUUGCCAACCAGCUGAUGCGCUAUGCAGACCUCUACGCCGCCUCCUUCAUCAACUUCCUCUACUACCCCUUCAGCUACCUGUUCCGUGCACCGCCCGUGCUGAUGCCGCAUGAAUCGACUGUAGAGCACCUGGAGCUCAGGGAGUCGGGCUUGUUAACGGGGCAUCGGCUGCACCAGCUCAGCUUCCACGGCCACCAGAACCUCAGAGGCAUUUUCCAGGACACUGACGAGGCUGAGGAUGACGACGAUGACUGAGCCGGGCCACAGGCUGAUUGCUGACUGGACGGCAGCUGCCAAACCCAGAACAAAGCAUUUUUCUGAGGCAUCAAAAUCCUGUGAAACGGGAGAGUGUUCUGAAAAGAAACACUGCAUGCCAACUAUCCCUGCCAGUCUAGCCUUAGCCACCAGUGCCUAAGGGGGCCCUAUGGAAUCCAGCAGUUGUUUGCAUGUUCCUCCAGGGAUUGAUUCAGUGGAGACAGUUCGUGGCCAGGUAUCCCCUCAACUGCCUCUGAGGCAGAAAGGCCUUUAGCAGCCAGGGAAGGGUAAGAGGCCACUGCUGGUGCACUAGAAGUCUGUGGUAUGCUAGUUUCUCCGUCCAGUCCCCACUCUGAUUUCUCCUUUGCUAGGUUGACUCAUGUAGCAGUUGUUGCUUUGUGUGAGUCUACUGCCGUGGUGGAGUUCCUGGAGUCAGAUACUCACCCCUUACAAGGCAGGAGCUAGUGACCCUGACCGAUUCCACUGCUCUUACAUGGGAUGGGAAAAGAAAGCUCUGAUUCCCUGGGAAUUGUGGCUGAACCUGGAUUCUAAGGCUUGGAGCAGGCAGUGCUGGUCUGUGCCCUCUGCCUCCACUCCCCUGCCAUCCCCCAGGAAAUGUGAACUCUCAUUCAGUAUAAAUUGAAUAGCUAGAUUUCUUUUGAGCUGGGAUCCCAGCUCCUCUUUCAGGAAACACUCUGCAGCCCUACUGCAUUUAUAUCAGCAGGGAUGCUUGAUAGUGUCCAACCCCCUCCCACAAACUGAGUACCGUUUUUAAAGGCUUGUGCAUGAAGGUUGUCUUAGGUCUGUUCAGGGAAUAAAAGAAUCCAAACUGUCCCAAUAAGGCUCAAACCUGACUGAAGUUUAAAGUCACAAGCUCCAUACUUCUUCCCUUUGGUGCUAAAUGAUGGAUCCAGUGGAAAUGCAGGUGUGCCCUAGCACUGCAGCCUUCCAGAGCAGGGCAGAAAGUUCCUGAUUGUAAAUUUAAAUCAAGUCAGCUACCAGAGUGAUGCAAAGACUAUCUCACAGAGUGAACAGCCAUCCAGAUCACAGCAGCAUCCAAGUGUAUAUACCAUCUAUCCCUGCAAUAGUGCUGAGAGGGCCCUACAUCCAUAGGUAGAAGGGGAUGGAGAAUACAGUGUAUGUGGGGGAGGGAAGGGAGGUUCCUUUGGGUCUGAGCACCCUAGACUGUGUGCAGAGCUGCUCCUGCACUGACUUUCAUGGCUCAAAGCACACAGGCAGCUCUUUGAGUAUGGAGGAAUUUGACUAGGGUGGGAGAAUUUUUAAGGCUAUUGUGUACAUUUUUUAAAAUUAAAGAUACUACAAA